AUGCACCUCCUUGGUGAAAUCGCCAAUCAAACCUGGCUGCGUCUAGAAGAUUUACUUCAAGAUUUAGAACUUGAUCGUGACAAAGAACGUCGAGCAUUUAUCGAAGAUACUCAAGAGUUCUUCCGGAAACGUUUAGCGAUUUACGAACAAGAACGAAAUGAAUUGGAAAAUCACGUGAAGAACUUAGCGGAACAAAUGUUUCAACUAUUCGAUGAACUUCAAUUACCGAGGAUUUCAAUCGAUAGGCAAAAAUUGACAUUGAUGGCACAACGAAAGUUGAUUAAUGAGAAAAUCGAUGAAUUAAAAGAAUUAAUACUUGAACGUGAUAAAGAAUUGAUUCAGCUGAGAGAAUCAAUUACAAUAAAAAUGAAAUUUAUUGGAAAUAUUCAUAUCAAUGUUGACGAGAUUAAGUCGACAAAUGAUGCUCAUUCAAUUCUGUCUGAUUUAAACAAUCAGCUUAGCAAAUUGAAGCAAGAAAUUCAACAUCUUCUCGAUCAGAUUCAAUCUCUCAAUCCGGAAUCGACAUCUCAGCAAUCCACUCAUGUCAAAUCUUAUUUAUCAACUAGCAAUGAAUUGUCAUGGUUAACAACGCAUCAGCCGUUGAACGGUCAAGUGCUACGUACAAAACUUUCAAGCGAGUACGAGAUUUUGAUCAGUAAACUUCGAGAGGAAGUUGUUCGUCUUCGUGCUGAACUUGAACAAAAUGAACCAUCGCCUCCGAAAGAUUUACGAGAAGAACUAGCAGAUUUACGUUUGAGAAAGAGAUAUUUAAGUUUAUUGAAAGAUUUUCCGCAUAAAUUAACAUCGCGUUCAACUUUGGACGAAAUUCGUCAAACGUACGAACGAUUAACUGCAUCGUUACGUGCAGAAGCUCGCAAGAAACUCACGUCUUUAUGGGAUCAAUUAGACGUUCCUGAGAAUCAACGUAUUGUUCCUAAAACAAAAGAGAAUCAAGACGAUUAUUUAGCAAUGAAUGAUGAAAUUCAUCGACUCGAAGCUUAUGUCGAAUCUAUUCGAACGAUUUUGGUGAAAAUUCAAAAGCGAGAAUGGUACAAAAAAGAGAUGGUGGAAUUUGAGAAACAUGCAGGAGACCCAGCAAGACUCCGAGGAAAUUCAACUCAACUAUUAAAAGAAGAAAAAUUCCGAAAAGAUCUCUCACGUGAAUUUCCGAAGUUAACUGAUGAUUUACAUCGAAUGGUAGCUGAAUGGGAGGAAUCAAGUGAAAAAAAAUUGAUCUAUGGUGGUGAGCCUUAUCUAGAAACCAUGAAUAAGGAAAAACUAGGCGUUGAUUUCGAAUUACUUCAUCUCCGUUUAUUGACGAAAUGUCAAUUGCUUGUUCAACCGAAUGAGAAAGAUGUAUCAGUAAUGACAAAUAGUAUUCAAACUCCGCCAAAAACUCCUCCAAUGCCAAGAACUCCUCCACCAUCAACACAAAAAACUACAAGCCGAAUCCCGACCAUGAAUUUCGUCAACAUUCUAUUUUUCAAAUUUCUAUUUCAAUUUCUACUAUUAUUGUAUAAUCCUCAUGAGUAUGUCAAUCUACAUUAA